CUCCACUUGCCUUCGGCAUCGCUACACCCGUCACAUCAUGUCCGCAACCAUUCAUGUCUUCCAUCUUCUCCACAUUCUAAAGGAACGAUGGAGUCUGCACUAGAGCUGAUAUCACGACCCCUCCCCCCCCUUAACAAGUUAGGAGGCACCACAUAUCCCUCCAGGUCCAACGAAAAUGUCUCAGCCCGGUUUUUUUACGAGUGGGAGAAUUUCGAAUCAGAUGUUAUCCAGGCUUGUGCUUCCCUCGACUUGAGUCAGCUGGUUUCCUUGACAGAUGAGGUCGAGGAGUACCGUACUGCUAGUGAACUGGGAUUAACUGGUCGUUUUUCUAAACACGUUUGUGACGCUGUCAUGAAAGCACUCUCCGUGACACACCUUUCAAACAUGAAGUUCGGAGAUUACCAGGCUUUGCCUCCUCAUGAUGCUGAGAAAGUUCCGGAUGUCGUGAUGCUUUCCCUGUUGGACUCGAUAGCUCUUCUGGUCGGCGAAUUAAAAACUUUUUGGACUCUCUUGCUGGAAAAUCAUCCCAUCCGCAGAGGGUUUCCUGCCUUGGUACCUCUGCAACCACAUCUCGGUCAACUCAUAUCGUACAUGCGGUCUUCCAAUCUCAGAUUCGGAUUUUUGUCAACAUAUAGAAGCACUGUGUUUGUCCGCAGAACUGCCCCAUUUAGAUUUGAGAUGUCGAUGCCCAUCAGCGAGAAGUCUACGAACCCAUCUAUCCGGCAAUGUUUUGUGGCUAUGGCUUUAUUUGCUUCUCAAGAUCCGACGUUCAUCGAGCCCGCAGACUUCAUCGCUGAGCAAUUGUCUAUUUCAGCAGAUGUGUUCUGUCAAGCAUCGACCCACCCAUCCCCCUUCCGAAAUCAGAUUGCAGCAAAACAAAACACCCCAGACGAAAACAUAGGAUCCCAGAGUAUUCUUUUUGGGGCUGAUAACGGCAUUGCGACGACUUUGGUCAACUGCAAACGCCUGAUUCAUGGAUCAAAGCACAAAGCUGUUUAUGAAGUCACCUGGGAUGGCCAGUCAGCAAUAGCCAAAUGCUGGUCUCCCUCAUACUACCAAAGCUACGCGCACGAAGCCAUGACUUAUGAAAAUAUUUACGCGAAGAGACCUCAAGGCUAUAGCUUUUUUGCAAUGAUGCUAAGCCACGGGACCAUCUCUUGCUCUUCACUGUUUCCGAAGGGAAAUAUACUUAUAAUGACAAAAGUACCGGGCAAGACUCUUAAUGAACUUUGGGAUACUAUUUCUGGGCUUGAGAAGGAACAUAUCCGCUCCGAAAUCCUUAAAGCUGUUCUUAUACUCAGAAGCUUCUCAGUUUUGUCCGUUGAUACUGGCAAGCAUAAUAUUCUCUACCACCCGGAAACACGUUCAGUCACCAUGAUUGAUUUUGAAAUUAUGCAAGCUUGCGAAGACACCCUGAGCCCCGACAUGCCAGAGAUGUACACUAUCUUCGGCGAAAUGCCUGUUCCCACUCAAGUUCACCAUUACGGUUAGCCUUUUCCUUCGCGUGGCAGGUUUUUGUCCCGGCGUUCUAACAAAAGUCUUUCAUGUGGAGUUGUUGUUUAUUUCAUCUCUUGUUCUUUAUUGCUCGGGGAGGUUUCGGCGCACACGGUAGCCCCAUUGUGGCUUUUAAUGAAUGUAUUAUGUUGUAAGGAAUGAGAUAACUGAGGCAUAAAUUAAUCUUAGGGGUCGGCACUGUUAGGGGUCACACUUCGAUUGUCUCAAUCUAAAAGAAUGCCGUACGUACAAGAAGGAAUAGCUGAAGAGGAAAAGGAAACAAGACGGUCUGGCGAGGAACAGGACAUAUAUAUAGCAAGCAUAUCAAGGGGGCACCCCUUGCAUACCACGAAGGCCGUAGUGCCGAGUCAUAUCCGGAGGGUUCGUACGGGAUCGUACGACAACCCCAUAACAUCC